AGCGAGGCAGGAAUAUGGCGGCCUCCACCGCGGAACCGCAGAUCCUGGUUCAGUAUUUGGUGUUACGAAAGGACCUGUCGCAGGCUCCGCUGAUUUGGCCCGCUGGUGCGCUGAUAGCGCAGGCCUGCCACGCCGCCACUGCGGCCUUACACGUUCACUGUGACCACGCACAGGGCGCCUACCUCGCGGAGCUUGAGCGCAUGCGCAAGGUGGUCCUCGAGGCCCCUGACGAGAGCACCCUCAAGCAGCUGGCUGAGACCCUGCAACAAAAGAACAUUGACCACCUGUUGUGGCUGGAGCAGCCAGAGAACAUCGCCACUUGCCUUGCACUCCGUCCCUACCCCAAGGAAGAAGUGAGCCAGUAUCUGAAGAAGUUCCGGCUGUUCAAAUGACUGCUGUUCUCCCUGCCAGGGUACCCUUGCUCGACUCCCUGCUGAAU